AUGGAAAAGAAUGAAAGACCAGCUGCUGGUGAGUCGCGGGGAGCUGCUCAGCCAAGAGGCUCCUGGAGGUGGCCUAAGAAGCUCUCCUCCCACCUCAGACCAGAAGCUCCCCUGAAGCUGUCACGUUUAUCACCUGUGAUCAAGUCUAAGCCAGUGGCUCUCAUGUUCCAGGUGCUCAAUAAGUAUGUGUUGACUGCUCCCACUUCUACAGAUCUGUGCAUGUCUCAUUAUGAACCUACCCUGUGGUUUCUUUGGACCUGUUUGCUUCUCUGGGGGCUGUCGGAGGUGGAGGAAAAGAUGGGCUGGAGGCAGUCUCUGCAAGGAGCAGACGUGCCAAUGGCCCGCACCAUUUACCUCAAUGAACCCCUUAGGAACACUUUCUGCAAAAACUCCAUCAGCACAGCCAAGUACAGCAUGUGGUCAUUUCUCCCUCGAUAUUUGUAUCUGCAGUUUAGCAAAACUGCCAACGCCUUCUUCCUGUUCAUCACUAUAUUGCAGCAAAUUCCAGAGGUAUCUCCGACGGGAAAAUACACAACUCUGGUGCCUCUGCUAGUUAUACUUGUAAUUUCAGGCGUUAAAGAGAUUGUAGAAGAUUAUAAACGACAUAUGGCAGACAAAUUAGUUAACUCAAAGAACACAAUAGUGUUAAGACAGAAUGCAUGGCAAGUGAUUCCAUGGAAAGAGGUUAAUGUUGGCGACAUUGUGAAGGCCACCAAUGGGCAGUUCCUUCCUGCAGACAUGGUCCUGAUUUCUUCCAGUGAACCUCAGGCAACAUGUUUUGUUGCAACAUCUAAUCUGGAUGGAGAGACGAAUCUAAAAAUACGGCAGGCUUUAUCAGAAACAGCUACCAUGAAAACAGAAAAGCAAUUGUCAAGCCUAUCUGGAAAAAUAAAAUGUGAAGAGCCUAAUUUUCAUUUCAACAGUUUCAUGGGAACUUUGUACCUAAAAGAGAAAAGCCCUAUUUCAAUUGGGCCUGACCAGGUCUUGCUGAGAGGCACACAGCUUAAAAAUACUGAGUGGAUCCUGGGCGUAGUCGUUUACACUGGAUUUGAAACUAAAUUCAUGCAGAAUGCGGUCAAGUCACCCCUCAAGAGAUCCAAGGUGGAGAAGGUGACCAACAUGCAGAUCCUGGUGUUGUUCCUGCUGCUCUUGGUCAUGUCCUUGGUGAGCUGUGUGGGAGCCAUAUACUGGAAAGACAGAUACAGAGCAGAGCCUUGGUACCUCGGGAAGAAAGAUUAUCACAGCUUUGGGUUUGACCUUUUGGUAUUCAUCAUCUUAUACCACAAUCUCAUCCCCAUUAGUCUACUGGUCACUCUGGAAAUUGUGAAAUACAUUCAGGCUCUGUUUAUAAACUGGGAUGAAGAUAUGCAUUUUAAGGGAAAUAAUGUCUAUGCCAUGGCCAGAACAUCCAAUCUUAAUGAAGAGCUUGGGCAGGUGGAAUACUUAUUCUCUGAUAAGACAGGAACCCUCACUUGCAAUAUUAUGACAUUUAAGAAGUGCAGCAUUGCUGGUAUAAUGUAUGGUCAGUCUCCUUGUUUCAUCUCAGAUGCCUACGAAUUCAAUGACCCAGCAUUGUUGCAGAACUUUAAGAAUGAUCAUCCCACGAAAGAGUAUAUAAAGGAAUUUCUUACCCUGUUGUGUGUGUGCCACACUGUUGUUCCAGAGAGAGAGGGAAACAACAUAAGCUACCAGGCCUCCUCUCCAGAUGAAGCAGCUUUAGUGAAAGGAGCCAAGAAACUUGGCUUUGUUUUCACUGCAAGGAUGCCGAACUCGGUCACCAUAGAAGCUAUGGGAGAAGAACUCACAUUUGAAAUUCUUAAUGUACUGGAAUUUUCUAGUAAUAGAAAGAGGAUGUCUAUAAUUGUCCGAACUCCUGAAGGACAGCUCCGGCUCUACUGCAAAGGAGCAGAUUCAGUGAUUUAUGAGAGACUUUCAGAAAAGUCUCUCUUUGUGGAGGAGACACUAGUCCAUCUGGAAAAUUUUGCUAGAGAAGGUCUGAGAACUCUCUGUGUUGCCUACAUAGACUUAACUGAGAUAGAGUAUAAGCAGUGGCUGGUCAUGUAUAAGAAAGCCAGCAGAGCGGUACGAGACAGAAUACAAAGUCUGGAAGACUGUUAUGAUAGUAUUGAAAAGAAGUUCCUACUACUUGGAGCCACAGCUAUUGAAGAUCGCCUUCAAGCACGUGUUCCGGAAACGAUAACAAGUCUAUUGAAAGCGAACAUAAAAAUAUGGGUCUUGACAGGAGAUAAACAAGAAACUGCAAUUAACAUAGCUUAUUCCUGUAAACUGUUAUCAGGUCAAAUGCCUCGUAUCCAAUUGAAUACAAAUUCAUUAGAGGCAACACAACAAGUGAUUAAUCAGAACUGCCAAGAUCUUGGAGCACUGUUGGGUAAAGAAAAUGACCUGGCCCUAAUCAUAGAUGGUAAAACAUUGAAACAUGCCCUCCACGUUGAAGUCAGGAAGUGCUUCCUUAAUUUGGCCCUCUCGUGCAGAACAGUAUUAUGUUGUAGGUUAUCUCCCCUCCAGAAGGCUGAGAUAGUGGAUGUGGUGAAGAAGCAGGUGAAGGCCAUCACCCUGGCCAUUGGGGAUGGUGCCAACGAUGUGGGGAUGAUCCAGACAGCCCAUGUGGGUGUGGGCAUCAGCGGGAAUGAAGGCAUGCUGGCCACCAACAACUCUGAUUAUGCCAUUGCUCAGUUUAGCUACUUGGAGAAGCUUCUGCUGGUUCAUGGAGCUUGGAAUUAUUUUCGAGUGACCAAAUGCAUACUGUAUUGUUUCUAUAAGAAUGUCGUGUUAUACAUCAUCGAGCUUUGGUUCGCCAUUGUUAAUGGAUUUUCUGGGCAGAUUAUAUUUGAGCGUUGGUGCAUCAGCUUGUACAAUGUGAUUUUCACGUCACUGCCACCCUUUACUCUCGGAAUCUUUGAACGAUGUUGUAGUCAGGAGAGCCUGCUCAGGUACCCACAACUCUAUAGAAUUUCUCAGACAGGUGAUAUCUUCAACAUAAAGGUGCUUUGGAUUCAAUGUAUAAAUGCUGUUGUCCAUUCAUUCAUUCUCUUCUGGUUGCCUGCAAAAAUGCUGGAGCAUGAUGUGGUCUUGCAAAGUGGUUACACUACAGACUAUUUGUUUCUUGGGAAUUUUGUAUAUACGUACGUUGUUGUCACUGUUUGUCUGAAAGCUGGUUUGGAGACGAUGUCUUGGAAUAAAUUCACCCAUUUGGCCAUUUGGGGCAGCAUAAUGAUUUGGCUGGGGUUUUUUGCGGUUUACUCCUCCCUCUGGCCCACUAUUCCUGUUGCUCCUGAGAUGACAGGACAGGGCAAUAUGGCUCUGGUGUGUCCACACUUUUGGCUGGGCUUUUUCAUAGUCCCGAUUGUGUGCCUGAUUCAAAAUGUAGCGUGGAAAUCGAUUAGAAACACAUGCCACAGAACUUUGCUGGAAGAGGUUCGGGAGAUGGAAAGCAGUGGAGUUCAGGUACUUCGCAGAGACUCUUCACAGAGGUCCAAGGUGGAGGAAGUGAAUCUCCAAAGGUCCGUGAGUCCCAGGCCCUGUCAGGUGGUCUUCCGGAACAACUCUGUUGACCUAGGUGCCCCACGGCGCCUCUUUGCGCAGGUGGCUGGAGACCCAGGAUGCUCUGGGAAUCUGGGCGCAAGGAGCGUGCGCAGGUGCGCCAGGUGCGGCGCGGGGCGGGGCCGAGCGGGGAGGAGCAGCGCGCGCUCGGAGAGCGCGGGAGUGCGCGUGGGGUGGAGUCCCGGGUGGUUCACUGAGAGCCGGCGGGUCCUUCCAGUUCGCGAGGCGAACGCCACAUCCGAGGGCAGGAAGCAGGCCUUCCGAGGCGCCCCCGAAGUUCAAGCAAGGGGCGCCCCCCGGCAGCCACACCCUGUCCCAGCUCCUGAAAAGCCACCUAAGUUCGCGGCUCCCUGGACUCUUUUUACCAACCUCGGUCCCUCCAGCCCCACCGGUUUAGUGCGGGACGCCGGGCCGGCCGGGCCUAGGACCGCAGGUGAGCAGGUCCUCGGCGGGCGGCUACGGGGAGCGGAGACGGAGGUGGGCGCAGGGGUGUGCACAGGUGUGUGCGCUGCACGUGCUUGUGAGUUCGCUAGAGAGGAGAAGCGCCCCGAAACCCCGUCGGGCAUCGCAUGUCCUCGGACACAGGGGUGGGUCAGCCGGAGCCGGGCCCGUCUCUUCCGAGGAGGUCCAAGCUCGCGGCUGUUCUGCGCGGGGACGCGCAGCUGGGCUUGUUAG